AUGGCAACGCUAAUCUUUAUUGAUAAGGAGAAUGGUGAAGUUGGUGCUACUAAGAAUCAGCUAAGGCUCCCUUCAGGAUCUUCAAAAGUCUUAUCUGAAAGAACACAAGUUAACACUCCACUUCCUAAAAAAACAAUCAAUACAUCUCCAGCCACAUCUCACUCUGUCAGAAAGGUUCUUGGAAAUGUGAAUAGAACUGAAGAUGUCACAAGCAAGAUGGAAAAGAUAAGACAGAAAAAUCAGCCUUGCACUGCUAACAAAAUUACUGAAAAGACUGCUGGAUUAGAAAGCUGUGAUGCAGUGGCUGAAGAUGACUGGCCAGAAAUAGAAAAUAUGUUUCCUUUUGAUCCUCGAGGCUUUGAGAGUUUUGAUCUUCCUGAAGAGCACAAAGUAAGCAAUAUCAACCUGUGUGGUGUUCCCCUCAUGAUAUUUGAAAGGACAUAUGACAGAUGUGUGAACAUGGUUCCUUCACCUGUGAAGAUUGAAGAGAUUUCAUGGGAGUCCAACUUGCUACAAUCAACUGCUGACUUCCUUGCUACCCUGGAUGAGAUCAUUGACAUGCCACCCCCAAAUUAUGACCUUUAA